UAGGUGAUAGUUCAACGUACGAUGCCAUCUUAGCAGUUAGACAAUAUUUCUACGAAAACCAUUUUAAAAUUAAAUUAAAGAUAACUUUCAAUUAGCCAUGGGUGGAAGAAAAAGUUUUCAAAAAGAUGAAGAAGAUCAUGAAACUAUAGCUUAUCCAUUCACCAUAAUUGCAAUUGCUGUUAUUGUUGGAUUGUAUGGAAGUAUUUAUGCCAUUGAUCAUAAUUUGCCUACACCAUUAUAUUUAUCUGAUGAGGAAGCCAACCCAAAUUCAUUUAUAGCUGAAAGAGCAAGAGAUUAUCUAAAGCCACUAGUAGCUAUCGGUCCAAAAGUGGCAGGACAUAUCAACAAUGAAGAAAAAGCAGUUGACUACUUAACAAACACUAUUAAUGACAUUAUAGCAAAAGCCAAUGUAAAGCAAAAAAUAGAAUUACGUAAUCAAGUUGCUUCUGGGUCAUUUUAUCUCGAUUACAAGCCCCACGGUUCUAUAAAUACAUACGAAAACAUUCAAAACGUGGUGGUAAAAAUCUACGGAAAAAAUGACCCUAACACAAGUGUUUUAAUUAAUACCCAUUUCGAUACUGUACCAACAAGUCCUGGAGGAAGUGACGAUGGGAUAAACGUAGCUGUCGCAUUAGAAGUUUUAACAAAACUUUCUCAAUCAAGUGAACAACCGACUCAUAACGUGAUUAUUCUUUUUAACGGAGCCGAAGAAGCCGGUUUAAUUGCUUCGCAUGCAUUUUUGUCGCACACGUGGGCGAAUGAAGUACGCGUUUUAAUUAAUUUAGAAGCUACUGGAGCCGGUGGUAAAGAAAUUUUAUUUCAAACGGGUCCUGAUAAACCAUGGUUGUUAAAAUAUUAUAACGUUCCUCACCCCCAUGGGAAUGCGGCUGGCGAAGAAGUGUUUCAAAGCAAUAUUAUCCCUUCGGACACUGAUUUUAGAAUAUUUAGGGAUUACGGAGGCUAUAUCGGUUACGAUUUUGCUUUCACAAGAGAUGGAUAUCGAUAUCAUACAAAAUACGAUGGGUUUGAUAAUAUCAAAUUAGGAGCUUUUCAACAUACAGGUGAUAAUAUAUUGCAUUUAACAAGAAAUUUAAUGGAAGCAGAAGAGUUGGAUGAAAAUUUUACUGAAGAAGAUGGGAAAAUGAUUUUUUACGAUAUUUUCGGAUUGUUUUUUGUACAUUAUUCGGAAACUACUGGGGUUAUUAUAAAUAGUUUAGUAAUAGUUGUUUCCUUUUUACUGCUAAUUUGGGCCUGUUGUGGUGAACAUCCUACGACAAGUGAACGUGGGUUAUUAGUGAGAACUUCGGUGGGUUUUCUUCAUGUGAAGAUUUUUACCAGUUUUAAACACAUUGUUGUGUUACUAGUUAUAACUUUAAUAAGUUGGUUACUUGCUGUAGGAAUUGUGGCUUUGAUUGCGACUAUUUUGGAUGUUUCCCAUAGGACUAUGACUUGGUACAGUGUUCCUGCAAUUAAUUUUGGAAUUUAUGUAGCUCCGGCGGUUGCAGCGCUUUUAAUUGCAUCAUUGAUUAAUCACAGAUAUAUACGAAAUAUAGGAUUAACAAAUUCAUAUAACGCCUUAAUACAAGGCCACAUCGUCAGAAUAUUAUGGACAUUGGUACUAAUGGUUGGAACGAUAAUGCAGUUGCGGAUGAGUUACGUUUUGAUGAUCGGAAUUUUAUUUAACAUCGUAGCAAUGAUUAUUUCCCAUAUAAUAGACACCAUAAAACCAAAAUUAACGAAAUAUGUUUGGCCGUACGUUUACAUAUUAAGCACAAUAAUCCCAACGAUGAUCGUGUAUAGUUAUGGACAUGAAGUCAUUGCAUUAUUUAUACCGAUUCUCGGACGAUUCGGGUCCGGAACUAACCCAGACUUAUUGAUAGGAUUAAUCAUGGCCUUAUUCACCAUUAUGAUUGCAUCUUAUUAUGUACCUUUAUUUAUUUACUCAAAGAAACCGUGGUAUAUAAUAAUAACUAUUUUGGCUAUUUUCUUAACUGGUAUCAUUUUAAUUUGUACUCCGGUUGGAUUUCCAUAUACUUUUAGCGAAACGAAUCCAAGAUUACAAAGGUUUUCUAUAUAUGUAAUUUUUGUACAUUAUUUUAAGCAUACUAUGCGAACAAUUAGAAAUGAUGAAACCAAUACGAUAAAAUAUGACGCUGGGUUUUACUUUACACGACAAGACAGAAACACUCCGAGAAGUAUUGAAGGGAUUGUAACUUCUCUAAAUGGUGCUAUAUCUUUGGAAGACGAUUGUAACAUUGCUAUAGCUUGUGGGUUACCUAUAAGCAAUUCAAGAAGUAUAAAAAAUCUAGAAAACAGCAUAUGGAUUCCAACAAAUGUAAAUCCAUUCGACACAGGAAUCAGUUAUAAAUACGAAAGAGAUCAAUCAUCACAUGAUCCUUCAACAAGAAGAACUUUUAGCUUUUCUGUGGAGGGUUCUAGCAGAAUCGAUUUGUAUUUAUCUAUUCGAACAAAAUACAAAUUGAUUAAUUUGAGUUUGGUUGAAAAGCUACCAGAAAGCACUUUGAUGUGGAAUGAUCAACCGACGUAUUAUAUGGCUUUUAAAUACGGAAAAACGGCUGCUCCCUUUUCAUUCAAAUUCACUGUUGAAACUGAUUCAGAUUGGUCUACUCCAGUGGCGGAUGUCGCGAUUACCACUAAGUUCAUUGACGAUGCUAAAACAAAAAAACGGGAAUAUUUAGAAUUUUUGAAUGAGUUUCCUAAGUGGACGAUUUUUAUGGUUACUGGAUUGGCACAAUAUGAGAAUCUUGUUAUUGAUCCAUUAAAUGAUUAAAAAGAUAUUGAUUGUAA